AUGACGGUGUUACUCCUUUACACGCUCAUAGCCAUCCUUGCACCGCGAUGGAGUAGCUGCGCCGAGGAGCUUGAUGGCAGCGGCAGUGGCGGCGAGCCCAGCUUUUACGCCGACGUAGUUAUUGGCGGGCUCGGGGGUGGGCUAGGAGGAUUAGGACACUCGGGGCUGGAUGGCGUGGGCAUUGGCGGGGCGCAGGUCGACCGGACAAUCUCUACGCAUUCAAAACGGUCGACCUUUACGCGCGAGGAGCAGAACAGUGUGGUCAGGGCACAGAACAUCGACUGGGGGGAUAACUGGGUGCAUCACUUGUCGGCGGCCCGGAUUUUCGGGGACCAGGAGGAUGAUGAUGACAAUGAACAGCGGAGACGUGGUGAGCUGAGGAAACGGUGGGAUGACGACUACGAGGGCGACUACGGUGCAGGAUUGGAGAGCCGACAAACGGUCCGGAAUAGGACGGUUUAUAUCACCUUCAACACUUGUCUUCAGCCGGUAUCGAAUACGACCGAUGACCAUGCGUCGAGCCAACCGCCACAGCUUCAAGUAUACGUCUCGAAUUCCACGAGUAAUAAAGCACCAGGGCCAAAAGUGGAUGAUAAUGUGCAGUAUGUACUGCCGGUCGAUAUGGGUUUCGGGAGGUUAGACAUCGUUGCGACGGGCGAUAUUUGGGUCGGGGUGUAUGCCGAAUCACGACCGUCUAGCCAGAAGACGGCAUGGCUAGAGAAUCCGCCCUGGAACUAUGAGAUCUCACUAUCGACGGAGGAGCCCUACCAUGGGUUCAGUGAGGACCAGUUUCUCUAUCUGGUUGAUACGGACGAUUCCACGGCGCUGUUGAUAACGGGGAACAUGACGGAGCAUUCGUCGAAGAGCGGAGGUGUGGACGAAACCGCUGCUGAUCUUGCGGACUCUUUGUAUCAUCCAUACACAAUGUACGCAGAAAACCGCGCAACCACGAGUCGGUUCGUAGGGUUGGAGAAGAGCUACUGCGCCGUGCGCCAACUCGCCCGCAUCCGUCCCGCCAACUCGGCCGUUUCCAGAACCACCCGUGGCCUAGGAAACUUUUCGAAGCAACAGUUCCACCUAAGGGAGUUGAACCGCUCCUCCGAAUAUGCCGGAUACCUUGCGCGUCCACGCAACAAGACGACGUCCGACACUUCGGGGAUUCUCUGGCGGCCGGUAUCGCUCAAAACAAAGACCGACGGCAACUGCGAGAUCAUCUACGACCUUCCCUUCUGCUCCGAGGUUGCGUACGCGGUGCCCAGCAAUCCCACCGUUUUUGGAAACAUCGCGCUCAAAGAUUUCUACGACGACCUGUCAGCCAAGUGGUGGAAGAACUUUACCUACUCGCUCCAGCAAAUCCAAUGCAACGCCUCGAACUCGGCCGCCUACAGUCUUGUCCGCAACUGCGACGACUGCUCUGCCGCCUACAAGAACUGGCUCUGCGCCGUCACGAUUCCCCGGUGCAUGGACCACUCCUCAAACCUACCCUACCUCGCCGAGCGCUCCUCCAACAAGCUGUUCUGGAAUAACACCGACUCGGCAUGGCAACAACAUCCGUUCAUGCCUAAACUCGCACAGGACGAAAUCGACGAGUGGACGAGCUCUGGCGGCUGGCUCAAAAACGGCAACCAAAGCAUGAGUAGGGUUCCUAGUAGGAACACGAAAAUCGACGAGAUUGUCAAGCCCGGUGCAUACAAGGAGGUCCGGCCGUGCAAGGACUUGUGCUGGACGCUGGUGCAGAGCUGCCCCUCCCAGUUGGGCUUCACGUGUCCCAGGGAUUUCACGUGGGGGAAGGAGAUGAGCUACGGCGAACGAGACGACGCCGGCGAUAUUACGUGUAGCUAUCUGGGCGCGGUGUAUUUCCUUAGCGCGGCGUCGAGACAUGUGGUCGGCGUGUGGUGGCUGGGUGUGCUAGCGGGUUCGCUGGCUCUCUGGGCGUCCAUGUGA